ACUAGACCAGCCUCUUCGUGUCCCACCCGGAGAGCAAGGCUCGGCAGCGGGCCAUGUGACCUCUGACGUCUCGGUGUAGUAAAAAGACGUCUCGGCAGCCAAUGGGACUUCCACGGCGGCUUCCACCGCAUCCGCCUAGAGGAAGUUCGACCGACACUCUGGCAACUUUUCAGGGCGCUAUCCGGUCGUCUGCUGCUGGUGAAAACCGAGAGGAAUUCGAGGCUAUGAACGUGUACUCUGUAACCCUCAGCGGCCCAGCGCCAUGGGGCUUCAGGCUGCAGGGUGGCAAAGACUUCAGUAUGCCCCUCACUGUGUCCAGGCUGACUCCAGGUGGGAAGGCAGCUCAGGCUGGCGUCGGGGUCGGAGACUGGGUGGUCUCAAUUGAUGACCUAAACUCGGUGGAUUUGACCCAUGUGGAAGCCCAAAACAAGAUCAGAGCAGCGUCAGACUCCCUAACGCUCACUCUUAACAGAGCUGUCAAAGUUGAUGGCGAGCAGAAGGACUCACGCGCUGAGGCUAAUGUACAGCCAAAGUACUCCUUUGCCCCCAGCACCACCAUUAACAAGAUGGCGAGGCCUUUCUCAGCAGGGGGUGCUAGUGCAGGACCUGUCAUAAAACCUGUGGCCUACUCACCUAAGCUUAACACACCUCACUCUCAGGGGCGUGCCAAUGUGCUGCAACCACAGAACGGUGUGGAGCCAACUCCAUCACCUGCCAAGGCUCAGACAGCCAAUAAACCAGAUGGAACAAAGACUCCAUCUGCUCCUUCCUCCCGACCUCCGUGGGUCACCGACCCUAAUUUUGCCGACCGUUUUCGUCCGGAUAAGACGAGCACGGUGGUGACGCUCCACCAGCAGCCGGUUCAACCCACGCCGAUGGAGAACCGCAGUUCUAUUCUACAGGCGGCGCAACAGGCGCCUGAAGGCAGCGGGAGGACACCAGUGUGUGGUGCUUGCAACAAAAUCAUCAGGGGUCGCUACCUGGUGGCGCUUGGGCGCUCUUGGCACCCCGAGGAAUUCACGUGCUCACAGUGUAAAGCCGUCCUGGAAGAGGGAGGCUUCUUCGAGGAGAGAGGUUCUGUCUUCUGUACCAAAUGCCACGAUAACCGCUACGCACCCAACUGUGCAAAGUGCAAAAAGAAGAUCACGGGGGAAAUCAUGCAUGCUCUGAAGAUGACCUACCACGUUCAGUGUUUUAAGUGCGCAGCCUGCAAGACUCCUAUUAGGAACCAAGCCUUUUACAUGGAGGAGGGAGAGCCUUACUGCGAGAGAGAUUACGACAAGAUGUUCGGCACCAAGUGUCAUGGCUGCGACUUUAAAAUUGACGCCGGGGAUCGUUUCCUGGAGGCGCUGGGCUACAGCUGGCACGAUACGUGUUUCGUCUGCGCUCUGUGCCAGAUGAACUUGGAGGGAAAGACGUUCUACUCAAAGAAGGACAAGCCCCUCUGCAAAGGCCACGCGUUCGCCCCCGUGUGAGAUCUUCGCCGUCGCCUCAUUCACGUGCGGCCCACGCUCAUUUGGAUGUUCCAAGCUUAACGCUUUUCUACUGCCUCUCCUACCAAAUACUGAAUGUAUCACUCAACUGGACCGAGUCGAUCCAUUCAAGCACGGCGUUACAUUGUUUACCUUCAGUUUAGUCAGAUUACAUUAUGGACCACUUGGAAGUUUGCCUUAAGAAUGUUUGAAAAUGCAUAUAUUGAAAUUGUAAUGAAUGGAAAAUAGCUUUCCAAAGGACUUGACGGGAAAUGCGAAACCCUUUUUAAAAUAACAAUCCUAAUGAAUAGACAAUCACAGAAUCAAUAACCUUUGUGUUUCAGUAUACGCAAACAUGCAAAUUAAUAUAUACAAUUUGUUUGUUGGAAUAGGCUAAUGAGGGAAAAGCACAAAGCAUGGAUCUGGGG